UCCGGGGACUGAGGGGCGUGUCUCCACCCGUGUCAGAGGAGCGACGCCGCGGGCGGUCGACAGUGAUGGUCGCCGAGGAGCGAGUCUUAUUUCCUUUACAAGUUUGAUGUCAGAAGCUCGCGGGAAGGCGUGUGAAAUGAACAGCUGCCUAGUGGUUAGCGUUCUUCUGUGUCGUGUACUGCACUGUUUUUAACGCGACCUUGAGUUUUUGUUAAAAAUCUGAAGAGUUUUUGAAAUGGCUGUGUCAUAGGAAAAGCCUGUAGUCUUGACAUAAUGUUCUCAGAACUUAUGUUUUGUGGUUCUGUUGAACUCAGCAGGGACGUAGUGAAUAUCUGCUCGGUUAAGGUAUUCUGCUGGGUGUGUCGGAAGGUACAGACUUCUGAAUAGGGCGUCAGCCCAGCUGUAGAGGAGACGGGGGCUGAGGCGGGGCAAAAUGAGGCAAAAAGUAGAUUGCCGGGGUCGGGAGAACCCGAGGCUCGGGAAGCUCGGUGUGGGUCAAGGAAAGGCGUCCCAGCAUAGUUCGUCUUACCGAUGACCCUGGAAGGGGAACCAGGAGGGCAGUGGAGACCACAUUCCAGGCGGGAAUCGUGUCAGCAAGGGAGGAGGGAAUGUGUGAGACCGCAGCGCGGGACAGGGAGGGCAGGGUCGAGGUGGGGCAGGUGUGGCUGUUACACCCAGACGUUGCUUCCUGCUCAGCCGGCUCUUGGCUUCAGGCUGCUCAGUUCGGGCAGCCACAGCAGGGUGCCAGGAGUGGGUGUGUGAGAGGAAGCCUGGUCCCCGUGCUGAAGGUGAGGGAGUCGCAGUUGAGGAUGAAGAGUUGGGCGGGCGCGUCCCACAGAGCCUUCAUCCUGGUGAGCUCUGGGAUGGGGCUCAGUGUCCCGCUCUGCAGCCAGACCACCUGAGUGCGGAGCUCUGUCUCAGGUUCCUUUGCUCCUUGGCUCCAGUAUCCGGCAUCUGCUAACUGGGACAGAAACCGUCGCUGCCCUAUAGGCCUGUGAGGGUUAAACGUGAUGGUAGAGGAAGUCCAUGGCAGGUACACGCUUCGUUAUGAAGACAAUCAUUAACAUUAAUCGUUAGGUACUAGGCAGCCACUGGGAGAACAGAAUAAGUGCGGGUGUUGUAAUCAAAUCAGACGUUACAAAGGGCAGUCUGGUGGAAGUUUAGGAUGAACUGAAAGGCAGAAAGGAGGUUAGGUGGCUGUUGCCUUUGAUAAAAUAGCUGAAGUGAAGAAGUAUGGGAACUGAGAGGAGGAGUUAAUGGGUUGCUUUAUAGGUGAAGCUGACUGAGAAUGUGUGUCAUACAAAUCCAGUGACCGACCCUGCCCCAUGAGUUUUUCUAAUUAUGCUGCUCACAUUUUGAGGACAUGAGGUUCGACAACAGUAUUUUUUUGCUUUGUGAAUUAAAUCGUGUGGCAAGUCAGUGGCAUGUGUGUGUAUAACAAAUUACUUUUAAAUUUACUUUUUAAAGUUAUGUUAAAAUAGUACUGUCCUGGAAAACCUGUCGUUUGUUUAUUCAUUCAACAAAUGUUCAUUGAGUGUUUCUUACAUGCCAAGCAUUGUUCUGGUCCUGGAGGUACAGCCAUGAAUAAAGCGGAGUCCCUGCUUUUGUGGCGCUUGCUUUCCAGGGGAUCUGUGCUUGCCGUGCUUGGAGUGAGUUCUCCCUGGGGUGGCAGGAAGGCGAUGCUGUGGGCUUGUGUGCUGACAAGACAUUUGCGUGGCGCACAGGUGACACAGUGUUAAAGGUCCUCAGUGCUCCUGCUGAUUGGUCUCUGGUUUGAAGUAUUUCACACAGAUUCCAUAGCUUUGCUAAAAUUCCUAGGCUGCAGUAGACUUCUUUGUUCUGAGGAAAAAACUCUCCUUUUGUUACUCCAACUCUCAGCUGCAGUAAUUGUAUAUACCCCCAGCGUUCUCUGAACAAAGUUACCUGUCUGUACCACUUGAAAUUGUGUCGGCUUAACAAAGGUGACUAUAAAUGUGUACUUGAGUAUACAAAGAAUUUCUUUUAUGGUAGAGCAGACUCCUAGGUCUCUGUGUGGAUACCAGGUAGCAUCAGUAGCUGCAGUGUAGCCGAUGCCCUCCACAGGCGUACAGACAGUGGGAGAUAGGGUAAAUUUCCUGAAUUUCUUUGCUAAGUAAGUAUUUUUCUUGAGACAGUUUAACUGGCAAAUGCCAGCUAAUGCCAUACGAGGAAACAUGGCAGAAGAUUAUGUUCUGUUUCUUGGUGCUGUUUUACCCAGUAUACUAUUCAGACACAGAAAUGAUUGCUGUACUGUCUUUUUGUCCUUCUGAGCUAUUAUGGGUUUAAGUUUAUAGGUGUGGUCACCACUAUGGAUAUCGGAUGAUUGAUGUAAUAGUUACCAUAAACUUGAUCAAAUUCUCGCAGGACUGAUGAAAAACGACUCUGGCUGACUGUCUCAUAUCUAGCAAUGGGAUCAUCUCCAGCCGCCUGGCAGGCAAGUUAAGGUACAUGGACAGCAGAGAAGAUGAACAGAUCCGAGGGAUCACUAUGAAAUCCAGUGCCAUUUCACUCCAUUAUACAGAAGGUCGCGAGGAGUACCUCAUCAACCUGAUCGACUCCCCGGGGCAUGUGGACUUCUCCUCGGAGGUCUCCACAGCCGUGCGCAUCUGCGAUGGGUGCCUCAUCGUGGUGGACGCAGUGGAGGGAGUCUGCCCGCAGACACAGGCAGUUCUGCGACAAGCCUGGCUUGAAAACAUCCGUCCAGUUUUAGUGAUUAAUAAGAUAGAUCGCCUGAUAGUGGAACUGAAAUUCACCCCCCAGGAGGCCUAUUCUCACCUCAAGAAUAUCUUAGAACAGAUUAACGCACUCACAGGAACUCUUUUUACUUCUAAAGUCCUAGAAGAAAGAGCAGAAAGGGAGGCUGGAUCCCAGGUGAAUCUAGACCCUGAACAAGGGGAGCAGGUGUAUGACUGGAGCGCUGGCCUGGAGGACUCCGAUGAUUCCCACCUCUACUUCUCUCCAGACCAGGGAAACGUGGUGUUCGCAAGUGCGGUGGAUGGCUGGGGCUUCUCAAUUGAGCACUUUGCCGACAUCUACAGUCAGAAAAUUGGCAUCAGAAAGGAGGUUCUUUUGAGAACCUUGUGGGGAGAUUACUACGUAAAUAUGAAGGCUAAGAAGAUUAUGAAGGUUGACCAGGCAAAAGGAAAGAAACCUCUAUUUGUACAGUUGAUCCUGGAAAAUAUAUGGAGUUUGUAUGAUGCCGUCUUGAAAAAGGACAAAGAAAAAAUUGAUAAAAUCGUGACUUCUUUAGGAUUAAAAAUUGGAGCCCGGGAGGCACGGCAUUCAGAUCCUAAAGUUCAAAUCAAUGCCAUUUGCAGUCAGUGGCUACCCAUAUCCAAGGCUGUUCUUGCUAUGGUGUGUCAGAAACUUCCUAGUCCCCUUGAUAUUACAGCUGAGAGAGUGGAGAAACUGAUGUGCACAGGAUCACAAACGUUUGACUCUCUUCCACCAGAAACUCAGGCACUGAAAGCAGCCUUUAUGAAAUGUGGAAGUGAAGAGACUGCUCCAGUUAUUAUCUUUGUUUCCAAAAUGUUUGCAGUUGAUGCUAAGGCUUUGCCUCAGAAUAAGCCAAGACCUCUCACUCAAGAAGAAAUUGCUCAGAGACGUGAGCGUGCGAGACAAAGGCAUGCAGAGAAGCGCUCAGCCGGGCAGGGGCAGGCGCCCUCAGAGCCCACCCAAGAUGGGAGUGCCCUUGAAACAAGUCCAGAGGGAGGAGAACCAAAAGGUGAUGAGCAACAGGUGGAGAGUGUGACCCCUAAGCCUGUGUCCCAGGAAGGAGACAGCCAGGAGUCUUUUGUUGCAUUCGCUCGAGUGUUCAGUGGUGUGGCUCGAAGAGGAAAGAAAAUUUUUGUCUUGGGGCCCAAAUACAGUCCAGUUGAGUUUUUGCAGCGGGUGCCCUUGGGCUUUGCAGCCCCGCUGGACGACCUGCCCCCGGUCCCCCACCUGGCACGCUGCUCUCUGGAUCACCUGUAUCUUCUCAUGGGAAGGGAGCUGGAAGCUCUCGAGGAAGUCCCUCCGGGAAAUGUGCUGGGAAUAGGAGGCCUUCAAGACUUUGUGCUGAAGUCUGCAACGCUGUGCAGCUCACCAUGCUGCCCGCCAUUUAUACCACUCAGCUUUGAAGCCACCCCUAUUGUGAGGGUUGCUGUUGAACCAAAACACCCAAGUGAAAUGCCUCAGCUCGUCAGAGGAAUGAAGCUGUUAAACCAAGCGGAUCCCUGCGUCCAGGUUUUAAUUCAGGAGACAGGAGAGCACGUCUUGGUCACAGCAGGGGAAGUCCAUCUUCAGCGAUGCCUGGAUGAUUUAAAAGAAAGGUUUGCAAAGAUUCAAAUCAGUGUAUCUGAACCCAUUAUUCCAUUCAGAGAAACAAUCACAAAACCCCCAAAAGUUGACAUGGUCAAUGAAGAAAUAGGCAGACAACAGAAAGUUGCGGUCAUACACCAAACAAAAGAAGAUCAAAGCAAGAUUCCUGAAGGAGUCCCAGUCGACUCUGAUGGACUGGUCACCAUCACAACUCCCAAUAAGCUCGCCACACUCCACGUUCGAGCUGUGCCCCUUCCAGAAGAAGUCACGCAGAUUCUGGAAGAAAAUAGUGAUUUGAUUCGUUCUAUGGAGCAGUUGACAUCGUCUUUGAAUGAGGGUAAAAAUACUCACAUGAUUCACCAGAAGAUCCAAGAGAAAAUUUGGGAAUUCAAAGGAAAACUAGAGCAGCAUCUAACAGGAAGAAAGUGGAGGAACACUGUUGACCGAAUCUGGUCAUUUGGCCCAAGAAAAUGUGGGCCAAACAUAUUAGUAAAUAAAAGUGAAGACUUUCAGAGCUCAGUCUGGACAGGCGCAGCUGGCAAGGCUUCAAAAGAAGCCAGUAGAUACCGAGAUUUGGGCAAUAGCAUCGUGAGUGGCUUCCAGCUGGCAACGCUCUCUGGCCCCAUGUGUGAGGAGCCUCUCAUGGGCGUCUGUUUUGUUCUGGAAAAAUGGGACCUGAGUAAAUUUGAGGAACAAGGAGCAAGUGAUAAGCGGACUCAAGAGCAAAGUGAUUUGGAGCAAGAGGGACAGGGGGAAGGUGAAAACCAACAGCCACAAAGUGGCUGCUCAGAGCCCCUUGAGAAGAGGGCUCCCCCGAAGGGAGAGCCUGCCCUCGCUGACUGCUACGGACCCUUCUCGGGACAGCUGAUCGCCGCCAUGAAGGAAGCGUGUCGCUACGCCCUGCAGGUGAAGCCACAGCGUCUCAUGGCGGCCAUGUAUACCUGCGACAUCAUGGCCACCGGUGAUGUGCUCGGUCGGGUCUACGCCGUGUUGUCGAAGAGGGAAGGUCGGGUACUUCAGGAGGAGAUGAAGGAGGGGACGGACGUGUUCACCAUCAAGGCGGUGCUGCCGGUGGCUGAGAGCUUCGGCUUUGCGGAUGAGAUCAGGAAGAGGACGAGCGGCCUGGCCAGCCCGCAGCUGGUGUUCAGCCACUGGGAGGUCAUUCCCAGCGACCCCUUCUGGGUGCCGACCACUGAGGAGGAAUACUUGCACUUUGGGGAGAAGGCUGACUCGGAGAACCAGGCCCGGAAGUACAUGAAUUCUGUGCGGAAGCGGAAGGGGCUUCAUGUGGAAGAAAAGAUUGUGGAGCACGCGGAAAAGCAGAGGACCCUCGGCAGAAACAAGUAGCCGUCACCCCUGGAGGGUCCUUCUCUUUCCAAUAAAUUAAAAAAUGUCGCCCAGGUUUGACACUGGGACAAUUUCUUUA